AAAAAAAAGUGCAUUUAUGCAGCUUUAACAGUUGAACUGGGCAGAUCACAUUUUAGAUGACAGACUUUUCUUUUUGAGAAAAACAGUCACUCACUGACAGCUUUAUUCCUGUUUUGCUUUUAAACUAAACAGAGAGGAGGAGUAAACGGCAUCUGCUUAAGUGUGUCUGUAUCGCAGCUCCGCCUGUGCGUAAAAGUAAGAAAAGAAAACUGGCUGAUCGAUUUUAUUCGCACGUCUGUCGGGCGUGGCUGCAUGGCUCGUCUGCCUGCUGGCUGUAUAGUGGCCGUAUAGUGAGCUCCGGGGCUGCUGGAUGCUCCGUGAUGGAUGAGGAGUGACAGAUCGAGGUUAUCCGCCAGGGGAGUCCAUUUUCCUCUCUCUUCGAGGAGGAGGAGGAGGUGAAGCGCUGGUCGCAGAGGAGGAAGGGACGAGAAAUAGACCCCCGUUUCCACCCCUCCUCUCUCUCUCUCUCUCUCUCUCUCUCUCUCUCUCUCUCUCUCUCUCUCUCCACUCCUGUGCAUCACAACCUAGUGGGCUUUACCCGGACUGCACCGCAUUGACGCUGCUGCUGCUCCCAGCCGACCCAACCCACUGAACUAACGCACUAACAGAGAGAGAGAGAAGGAGAAUCGCUCUUUCUCUCUUUCUUGAUGCUAUUCUCCAACAUCUGGAAGCUGGAUGCUGUGCGGAUUGUGUGCAUGGAUAUGCAGCAUUUCCAUCUCCACAUCUCUUUGCUUCUUUCUCUCUGGAUCUGAUCUCCUAUCCUGCAAGGUAAUGCCAAGACUUUGGAGACGGGAGUGACUCCAGAGAGAGCAAUUUUGGAGAUUAUACUGCAUAGUGCAAGAAAAUCAGGAUACAAGUUUUGCAGAGCUCACAUCAUGCAUGUUGCUGUUUACUUGAAUCCGUGAGCUUCUUCUUCCCAACAUGGGUGUUGACUGAAACGGAGGAGUGUCCACUGACGCGCCGUCAACAGAGGUUCGAAUAUGCACUUGUGAGGAUUCGAACUGCUGCUCAAUAAAAAUUCCCGGACCAUGCAGAUUCUGCAGCCCAGGACGUUAUUUGUGUUACUGGCCCACGCACACGCAUUGUUAUCUCUGAGGACUAAUAAUGGAGAAGUACGAGCGAAAGAGGACAGCAGCAGCAACGCCAGCGCGUACUCUGCGAGGACUUUCUUCCACGGGUCGCUCCGGGAGAGUCACCAAAACAAAGCCUGGGACCGCGCCGCGCUCUCGCCCGGGUACGCCACAGGUGCGUCCUCAGCGGAACUGCGGGCGCAGCGGGCGAUUAUGCGAGGGGGGCCCCUGAACUCCACUACUCAUCCCUGGAAGAGGGUGAUUGCGGGAGAGACGCGUCGAAUUGGACACAACAAGCACGACUAUGGCAGCAGGACUGUGACACCCGUGGAGGAUCCCAACGCUGUCUCCCAUUGGGACCCGACGCGCCACCACAAUAAGAGGAUAAAGUUGAAUAGUAGUACGGGGACGCCAGCAGGUGGACACUACAAUGCGGCUAAGCCUUCUUCAAUGGGCCGGGGGGACGCGGGAGGGGGGUCCGAUGAGGGCGACAGGCACAAGAGAGGCACAAAGGACGAGCAGAAGAAAGCCUCCUCCAAGAGGGGGAGAAACCGGCUCAACAAAAGCCCGGGGGUCUUGGCUCAGCCUCACGCGUCGUCGCCGUGGGAACCCAUCCCCAAGCCGUUGGCCCUCACCUCCACCGACCUGCCCUUUGACCUCUUCACCAGGAGGACCGAGUUCUUCACGUUCAGGGAGGAGAACCCGUGGGACGCCACGCCGAUCACCCCUCCGAGCUCGCAGGACUUCGGGGACGAGAUCAAGAACCCCUUUUACCCGGUGACGAGCGAGACGUACGGCGCGUACGCCAUCACGUGCGUCUCCGGGGUCAUCUUCCUGGUGGGGAUCGCGGGCAACAUCGCCAUCCUGUGCAUCGUGUGCCAGAACUACUACAUGAAGAGCAUCUCCAACUCGCUGCUGGCCAAUUUGGCCGUGUGGGAUUUUGUGCUCAUCUUCUUCUGCCUGCCAAUGGUGGUGUUUCAUGAGCUGACAAAGUCCUGGCUGCUGGGGGAGUUCACCUGCAAAGUGGUGCCCUACGUGGAGGUGGCCUCCCUCGGUGUGACCACCUUCACCCUGUGCGCUCUGUGCAUCGACCGCUUCCGCGCGGCCACCAAUGUCCAGAUGUACUAUGAGAUGAUCGAGAACUGCACCUCCACUACCGCUAAACUAGCCGUCAUCUGGAUCGGUGCUCUCCUGUUGGCCCUCCCGGAGCUCCUCAUCAGACAGCUGGUGUCGGAGGACACGGGAAUCCCGGACGAGCCCCCCGUUGAACGCUGCAUCAUCAGGAUAUCCACCUCGCUCCCCGACAUGCUCUACGUGCUGGGCUUGACCUACGAGGGCGCUCGCCUGUGGUGGUGCUUCGGCUGCUACUUUUGCCUCCCCACCCUCUUCACCAUCGGGUGCUCUCUGGUGACGGCGCGCAAGAUCCGGCGCGCCGAGCAGGCCAGCGUGCGCAGCAACAAGAAGCAGAUCCGGCUGGAGAGCCAGAUGAACUGCACCGUUGUGGCGCUGGCGAUCGUCUACGGCGCGUGCGUGGUGCCCGAGAAUAUCUGCAACAUAGUUUCGGCGUACAUGGCGGCCGGCGUUCCCGAGCACACCAUGUCCGUGCUCCAUCUUCUCUCCCAGCUGCUGCUCUUCUGUCGGGCCGCCGUGACGCCGGCGCUGCUGCUCCUCCUGUGUCGCCCGCUGGGCAGGGCCUUCCUGGACUGUUGCUGUUGCUGCUGCUGCUGCAACCACGCGCCCUCCUCGGCCACCGCCAGUGACGAUAACGAACAUGAGUGCACCACCGAGCUGGAGCUGUCGCCGUUCAGCACCAUCCGCAGGGAGCUGAGUAACUACACGCCUGCAGGCUCCAACUGCUAAACUGACAUUCCUCAUCAGGGAUGGGGAUUUCACUCGCCUGCUAUUAGCCUCUGGCAGACUCGGCUAGGAGAGAUUUGCCUUACCUAGUCUGGUCACAUUUUGAAAUGGGUGCACGAAUGAAGGUGGACACUGAAUAAUCACGUUCAGCCAGUGUCCUACAUCCUCAUUCCUUACAAAAAUUCUGUACAUUUACAGUGUAUAACCCUAAUAUCACAGGAAAUCUAACAAAUCUUUCACUCAUGCCCUGGGGUGCUCUUAAAACAGGGUCACUACAUAUUUUUAGCAAUCCUGCCUGAAACCUUUAAAACUUACAAACCUCCCUGCUGUAGACCUUGUAUGCCUAAACAUCUUUGGACAGUUGGGAUGGCCUCUUAGCCUGUCUGGUUCCUCACAAGAAGUUGAAUCAGGUUAAUUACUUUAGAUUAUCUGAAGCAGAAACACUGUUUCCCAGAGGCCUCAUGCUAUAAAUGGUUAGGUAAUAACAUUUAUACUGUACAAUGUACAUAGGGAAAUGAUUGUACAGAAUAUGUCACAAUAUGUUCUGUUAGAAUUAACAGCUUGGGAUGAUAGGUGUACUUGGUUACCAUAAAUAAUAUGUAUGUAUGGGAAACUGUCCUGUAUAAUAAUCACAGGCGAGAAAUAAUCAAUGCCAAUCACCUUCGAAAUGUGUCACUGUUGAAAUGACGGGGACUAAUUAAUCAGAGAGUGCAACCAUGUAUAAUAACUUAAAUACAGCAUCCAGCUAAAUGUGUGGGCUGACACUGCCUAUAGAAAUACAGGACUCAAUUUACAGACGACAUCAGCUGUAAAUGUACAGUUGGUGUAUUGCUGCAAACAUGGGAACAAGGCUUACCAUAAUUAAACUAGCGCAGGGCGUCUCUGCAGUAAUGACAGUUUGCCAGACAGAGGGGAGAUUGGACUGGAGAAUCCAAAUGUACACAAUAACACUGUAUAUUGAAAAAUAUCCAGGUGACUCAAACACAACUGGGCUGGUCUCAGAGACACAUAAGCACGGACUUGAGUGGAAUUAAAAGGUUCGGAACGGACUAAUUGAAAUCAAAUUAGAGUUGAACGGAGUGGAAUGAAACGCUACAGAUUCAAUUGAAUGGAGUAGGAGGUAAUGGAGCAUAACACCGUGGAAUAUAAGCGAAAGGGACGGACUCAGCGUUGGACUGGACUGAAAAUAAAUAUCUGCACUACACUGUUGUAUCAUGUUACGCCUUACACUUUGGGCUGUAUAUAUAUACUGUACACUUUCUUUGGUGCUCUUAUGAUGAAUGCGCUGUAAACAACAAAUCCAUCGGUUCGACUUAGAUUCGCAAGUAAUUGAGCUGCGUGUUAUGUUUUUGGUGGAGAAGACAGAUUGCAGUUGUGUGUGGAAUACAUGAACAAUGGUGGUGUAAAAGAAUAAAGAAAAAAAAUCAAUGUAGAGCUUCACUGAGCUGCCAUAGACACAGUUUAGAGAGAUUGCCUGACUCUUUGAGUAUGCCUUUGUUAAAAGUGACGGUUGUUCGAGACUUAAUCUACAAGAAUGGUAGCACUUUAUUUUACAGUACAGUAAUUACUCAGUGUUUUACUGAUAAAUGAAAAGCUAAUUACUUGUAAUUAACAUUGUAGAAUGAAUAGAUGCAAUAAGUAACUAGUAUCUACAUAUUUUUAUUAUUACAUUGGUACAGAAAUAUAAUUAUGUUAUGUAACAGGGACAGUAAUUAGCAAUCAUUUACUAGGUAAUUAAAACAUAUUAUUAAGUUAUUAUUACAAAAAAAAGUGCCAAUACUGCAUAAUUGCAUUGUAAAUACAACUGCUGGACUGUAAUUAUAAGUGGAAUUAUAUAUUUGUACCAAUAAUCACUGCAAAGUGUAUAGUAAUUAUAAAGUAGCUGUUUCAUUUUCAAGGUAUUUAUUUACAAUUCCUGUACUGUAAAACAAAGUGCUACUACAAGUGUGUAAAUUAACUUGAAGGCAAUUUGCUAAACCCCUCCUCCGAGCAGUGAUUAUCUAAUCACAACUUAGAAACCAUAACUAGGCAGUUCUGCAUUUUCAGCCUCAGUCUUUCAGCACAUAAUCAUCUAUGUAGCCAUCAAGAACAUAUGCAAGACCCCUUUUACAGGGUUCUCAAUUUAAAAUGAGUGAGACACAAAGAUUAAAAAGUCAGCCGGAGACAGCGUUUCCAAACCAACACAUGCUGCUGGUGUUAGCUCAGUAAGCUAGCUAGUUACAGCUAAUAAAAUCCUCCAGCGACAGGUGUUAUUUCAGCCGGCAAAAUCGCCAGUCGCCAGCCAGAGUCUGCUUCUGUCUGAAAUGAAGGACCCAUUGUGUCAAUAACAAUUUUGAGUGGUAAAUGCCACUGUCAUCUGCAUACGUGUCGUGCGAGAAUAGAAAGCUUUACAGGCAUAGCAACAGGGUAGUGUCAAGAAGGGAGCCCGCAAAUCUUAUCUGAGAUCUGCAAAAACUUGCAAAAACUCUUGUGAGACUCGCUGCCUGACGACCGAUCCUAACCUUAACUAUUCAAGAUUCUAACGUUAACUAUCUUGCGAGUUUCCCCAGUUUGCGGGCUCCCUUCUAGCCACUACCUAGCAACAGUAGCCAAAGGAGGUGGGGCUUUACGGAUGGUCAAUUUUACAAUGUAAAAAAAAAGUCUUGUUUCUUGACCUCUUAAAACCCUUUGCAGUUUCAUUACUUGAGUUUUUGAGGAGAACCAAUGAAAUGUUUUUCACAGUGUAUAAAUUUACAAGUGUAUUGUACUGUAAAUCUGUUUUCUUAAUCCUACCAAUCAGAUCUGGGUCAAAACAAGGUUCAAACCACUAUUACAACUUAUUACAGUGCAGGUAAUUAAAGUUGUACUGAAAACUGAACAGCCUAAACAUUUGUGGUAUUGUGGCAGAGGAAAUGACACUUAAAAGCCUUUAUUUUGCUUGUUAAACUCCAAUUCCAGUCCAAUUUCUUUAUAUAUUUAUUACUAUAAUGAAUGGUGGUGCACUCUGUGAUGACCCAGGUGUGAUGUUCAUUGGUAUACUGUAUAUUGCGAUGGAUCUUUUGCAUACGAUUCUGCACUGCCAAACACCUAAUCUCUGUCUGUCUCUUGUGCUCUUGUGGUAGUAGCACACUAUCUCUGGGUGUCUCUCUCUCAGCGUGGAGGUCAGUUUGCCCCGAGCUCCAUCAAUACAGGAAGACGAAUUUUACUACAAAACAUAAAUCACUAAAGGUUUGACAGCACCCGGGGCCAGUCAUACUAAAAAUAUACGCAUAGUGGAAAAAACUGUGGAUAAAGGGUGUUUUUUUCCCUGCCAUGGCUGGAGGCAACAAACCCUUUGGCUUUAAUGAACUACAGUUUAUGAGCUCCAAGAGAUGCAGGUGGACGCAGCCUCUGGUUGGCGCUGCCUGCAGUUCUUCCAGUUAAUAGAGGAAAUGGGCAGAAACACAGCACCACUGCAACAUAAUGCCCUGCAGCCUGUUUGACAACUCUUUUUAUUACCAGCACUAUCAGGCUAUUGUGGGCCGAUGUGUAAACCUGUCCAGGGAUCUCAGUUUAUAUGCCCUUGCACCAGCCCAGUUUCUACCAUUAAAUCACUUCAAUAGUUUUUUGUAUUUAGCUCAGUGAGGUUAGAGGGAUAGUUCUGGUGUUUUGAAGUGAGUUUGUAUGAGUUUGUAUAUGUGAGGUACUUAUCCAUAGUCAGUGUAUUACCUACUAAUAAUAUCAGUAUAAGUGGACGCUGUAUUUUGAAUAUUUUCACCAGUUUACCUUGCCGUGCGACAGCUAUACAGACUAUGUUUCCGACAGGGAACUGACGCUGUUGUCUAUGCUCUUGCUAAUACAACUACAGCAGUUGCUGGUUUCCGUGUUCUGUAAGGUAAAAUUACAGGUUUUUUCAAUGGUGUCUGUUGGCUUUGCCGAGAGCAUAGAUAACAGCUUCAGUUCCCCGUCAGAAAGGGCUGCCUGACGGCAAGGUAUAGCAGUUAAAAUAUUCUAAUUAUAGUGAUACACUGACUAUGGAUAAGUACCUCAUAAAACCCCACUUCAAAACACUCAAACUAUCCCCUUAAGUCUGGAUUUCCCACCUGUAUUUUGAUGCGACAAGUGUAAACUGACUUCCUGAAACUGAUUCUCUUUUUCUGCAUUUUUCUGGGAGUAUAGCUCAUCCUAAAUGGCUCAGUGUGUAGUAACGUGGUUCAAACUAUUGAUGAAGUGAUUCUUGUAAAUCAGUCAGUGAGACAUUUAUUCUGAAUUUUGUGAGUAUCCUCUCUUCACUCUGAGCAAAUUGUGUCUGUAUUUGAUACCUGAAAAUGUAAGCACACGACCACUAUUGUCUCGAAGUCUAGUCACUGGUUUCUAAAUAGCUUUUUAUAUAGCCAAAAAACUGUCCCUUUGUUUAUCAAAGAACUUUAUCUUGAAAACUGUAUAUUAAAAUCCUAAAUGUACUAUUA